AUGAGCAAAUGUGAAGCAGAUCAGCGUAUGGACGUUGGUUCUAUCAGGCUUAGUUGCAUGUACCCAAACCAACAAUGGGAAAGUCACCCUCACUGGGGGCAACAUAUACAAAUCAACCAACCCAAUGUAAAUUAUAAUCAAUUAAAUCAAAUCCUACCUCCAUAUAAUCAAAUCCAACCUCCAUAUAAUCAAAACAACAAUUUAACUUAUGAUCAAUUCACUCCAAUUUAUCAAAUCAACCAACACAACAAUGUAAAUUAUAAUCAAUUAAAUCAAAUCCAACCUCUAUAUAAUCCUCCAUAUCCUAAUCUACACCAACCAGUCAAUUUUGGACAACAAUCACAACAAACACAACAAACACAACAAACACAACAAUCACAACAACAACAAACAAAAAGAAGAAAGACAUCUUCACAACCAACAUCAACAACCUCAACAACUACAACAUCAACAACCUCUACAACAUCUACAACCAAGAAUCCUAGGAAGUGUAAAAAGGGUUGUGGAGGUCUUAUUAUCCACCACCCAUAUAAUUCUAUCUUAAAAGCGAAACACUGCCCAUCAGUGCCGCUGCCCGAACCAAUAACCACGGUGAAUCUUUUAUCUACUGGAGAUACAACGAUACCAUCAACCUCUACCACAACAACAAAAACAACAACAUCUACAACCACAACACCACCACCACCAACAACAUCUACAACAUCUACAACCACAACACCAACACCACCAACAUCAUACUUGGACAAACUUGAAGAAAUCAAAAGAGAUCCAUACAUUUCCAAAACUAUAUCAAUUCGGCGAUGCAACUACAAAAAUGGAUCUCCAAGUCAAAAGGUCAAGGACAUGAAUAAUCCAACUCCACAAGACAUAUGA